ACGCAACACCAUACACACACACGCCCGCGCUGCCUGAUGUGCCCCUCUGCAAACACCGCUCAAUAACAUUGCCUCGCCAUGGAGGAGCAGGUCGCCACCCUCCUUGCAGCGCUGAAGAAGCCGUCGACCAAUGUCGAGAGCAGACUGCAGCUGUUCAACAAUCUGAAGUCAGGCAUCAAGCACAAUCGCGUCCCCGAGAGCUGCCAGGCCCCCGUCUUCGAAUGCAUCCGCAUCGCCAUCAGCGCCACCACCUCCGCAGCGCUUGUGACUGCCGGAUUCGCGACACUGACCCAUUUCCUGAAGCGCCUGCAGCUCCAGAAAGAGACGUCCGUCAUCACGUCGCAGUCAAACAAGCUCCUCGCCAUUCUGGUUGACCGCCUGGGCGACGCGCGCGAGAGCCACCGCUAUGGCGCCUCGAACAUUCUGGCCGACCUGCACCAGCUGUUCCCGGCCGAGGUCGAGACCGUGAUGCACAAUGCCAUGAAGGGCACCAAUCCGCGCGCCAAGGAGACGUCGAUGCAAUGGGUCGUCAAGAUGAACAAGACCGAGAGCCUUCCCUUCCGUAGCUACGUCGCCCAGCUUGUUGCGAACCUCGAGGACGCCGACGCUGGCGUACGCGAAGCUGGCAAGUCCGCUGUCGUUGAGCUCUUCCGGAAAUCACCCGAGCAUGCGAAAGCGAACCUCAAGAAGCAGCUCAUCAACCUGAACGUCCGGAAGACCAUCGCAACCUACAUCCUCUCACACCUCGACGACGCAGCGCCCGCAGAAGCAGAAAUGCCCCCCCCGCCCCCGCCACCCCCUCGACCCAUAUCAGCCGCGAGGGUAGAGUCACUCCAGCCGGAUACCGGAUUCGCUGAUAGCCUCUUGUCCGAGGUGCCGCCCCCCUCCGAGCCCGUUUCCAUGGAGCCCCUGCACAUCUACACUCAGCGCGAGCUGGAAGACGUAUUCCGCGAGAUGGCGCCACAUUUCGAGGGUAAGGAGACGGAGCAGAACUGGAUGGCUCGAGAUAAGAGCGUGCUCAAGCUUCGCCGGAUAACCAAGGGGAAUGCGCCAUCAGAGUUCCACGCUGCCUUCGUAGCGGGCAUCAAGUCUCUGUUGGAUGGCAUUCUCAAGGUCGCCAAUACCCUGCGCACCACCAUGUCGACGAAUGGGUGCCAGCUGGUUCAGGAGCUGGCUAAGACGCUUGGAUCCUCUAUGGAUUCCUGGGUGGAGAUCCUGCUUCAGAACUUUAUCAAGACGUGCGCUGCCACCAAGAACAUUACUGCACAGAACGGAAAUACCACCGUGGACAUUAUUUUCUCGAACGUCUCCUAUGCGGGACGCUUGCUCCAGCAUGUAUCCCUUGCAUCGCAAGACAAGAACGUUCAGCCUCGAUCAUAUUCAGCCGGCUGGGUCAAAACGCUUAUCCGAAAGCACAAGUCGCCUAUCGAGCACUCGGGAGGGCUUGAUAUGCUAGAAAAGAUCCUUAAGAGGGGCCUUGCUGAUGCUAAUCCAAAAGUUCGGGAAGCUUACCGGAGCACGUACUGGACAUUCGCCCUGGUCUGGCCUCAGAAGGCUGAAAUGAUGUAUGAUACCCUUGAGAAGAGGGAGAAAACGGCACUAGAUAAGGACCCGAACAAUCCAAACGCGUCACUCGCAUCGUCCCAAAAUAGUGUUUCGUCAUUCUCCAAGUCCGUCGGUGCUGGUGCCGGUGCUGGUGCCGGUGGCGCGGCUGCACGAAACGCACUGAAAGAGAAGAUAGCUGAACAGCGGAGGGCGAAAUUGGCGGCUGCGAAAGGUGUCCCUGAGCGCCCCAAUUCUGCUCAAGCAAGCUACUCACCCGUCAAAUCGCAAUCAGCAAAGUCUCUAGGCUCUAGGACUGCAUCUACGGCGUCCACGGCAUCGUCGACCACCGCCCGGCCGCCAUCAGCACUUGGGGGCUCGACGAAAUCGGCUCUGGCAGCGAACACUAGUGGCACCGGGUCACUAAUGGGCGGUACUGCCCGACGGCCAAUUCGACCUCGUCCCGAGCUCCAUAGGCCUGCGACGGCGGACCCCUAUGCUAUACGACGAACUGGUAAAGUCACGCCUUCCAUGACACCAGAGAAGACUCCGGCCGCCACAACGGCCAAGAAAUCUGCCAUACCAAAGAGCGGCGUUCGCCCCCGUGCACAGACUCAGAACAGCAACAGUCCGAAUAUCAGCCCAAUUCGGACCAAAUCUAGGUUAGGCGAAACCGCAACACAUCGCAAGACACCCAGCGGAAGCUCUCGACACGGAAGCCCAGCUCUUAGCCCAUACAAAGACGAGGAUUUGACCAUGGUGAAGCCGUUUGUUCGGUCGCAGAGCCAUCACGAGCCAGGUAUUAUCCCAUUCCGCCAGAGGAACGGAAUGGAGAAGAGUACAUCUGUUGACAGUGAUGCGAUCGAUGUAGGAGAUGAAGAUAAUUUCACGAUGGUUAUCCCGAACCUUGGUCGGCCACCAGCGCAGCCCGCCCAGCGCAGCCCCCCAAAGCCAACGCCAUCUCCAGGGCGGUUGGCGCCUGCGAGUCCCCGAGUUUCACCGCUUAAGAGCCCUAAGUCGGUGGGCGAUAUCAACGGCAUCGCAGCGACACGAAGCACGCGUAUGAGGUCGCCGGACCACCCGAGCACGCGUGGCACAGAUGCUGCAGAAGAGGUCCAGGUCUACGAAGACCCAUUCGUUGGCGAUGAAAGCACGGCGGUAUCACAAGAAGCCGAAAAACCAGUGCUCGAGGAGCUGCCCCUGAACGAAAAGAGCGCUGAGCGGAGGCAGAGCACCGAGAGCUCGAGCAGCCACACCAUGAUGGGUGAGGCGUCCGUGCAGCCUGUCCGAGGCCAUCUUAAGACUACCAGCACGGGAAGUGUGAUGCACGCAGAGGCGCCUGAAGCCGGACCUGAGGUGCUUAAGAACAGGCAGUUGCUCGCAAGUGGUAUUAAGAAGAUCCAAAGCCGCACCGUCGAAGCGCACAUGUUCCGUCGCCUUCAGGAUAUGGUGAAGUCGAACCAAGAUCUCUGGGGUCUGAACGACGAGAGAUUCGGAGAUCUCCUCCUUGCGUGUCUAGACUACCUCGAGACACCCACUGAGGCUUUGAAGACGACGCCUAUGAAGGCAGCGAAUCUUAAGGUGCAGGCCUUGGCCACCAUCCGCGCGAUGCUCUCUCUCUACCGAAAGGAGAGCGCUAUGUACUUCUCACGUGUAUUAGUCACCCUCCUGCAAACCAAGGCCCAGUACGAGAACCACUCACACAUUGCAACGGAUAUCGAAGCCACGGCCGAUGAAAUCACCAGGUACGGACAGACAUCCGACUGCCUCGAUGCCGUCCUCGCCCUUAUCGAAGAGACUCCUGCCUCGACACCUACCUCAUCGCCGAGCUCUAAAGCCUCUGUCGAAUCGACCGCUACCGUGUCGAACCGCACGACGACCAUGGCGCUGAGCACGCUUUCCUCCCUCAUUCAGAUCUCCGGCGCUAAGAGCGUUCCUCUGUCGCCUGAACAGACCGCUCGUCUUGGCAAGCUCGCUGUGCGAUGCCUGGAUGACACCGAUGCGGAUGUGCGCAAAGCGGAUAUUGAUGUCUGCAUUUCGCUGCACGAGCGCAUUGGGGGGGAGAAAGAAGCUUUCUGGAAGGCGGUUGCUGGGGCGCGGGAGCAGCACUUGAAUCUAUUGACUUACUAUCUUGCUAAGCGUGGAAAAGCUUAGAUGCUUCGCAUCUAGAAGGGAGAUGUGGGACAGCCAGCGGAAGUUGGUUUGAAGCCUAGAGUUCGAGAUCACGUACGCUUUUCUUUCUUUCAUCCCACCACAGCCUGGCGCCCAGGAGGCUUUCCUUGGUGUUGGGGGGUUGCGGGAGCCCCUGUUUUGACAAGGGCACAGGCGUUUUGAGAAAAAGUAGGCGGGUCACACCAGUCAUCUCUUUGCUCCUUCUCGUGUCAAUUCUAUGUUUGUAUACUGUAAGGAGUAGGUUUCUUGCAUCUGUUCAUUCGCCUAUCGGAUAGGGGUACGUAGUCUUCGUUUAAUAUAUGAACUUCUGAAA